UCGAUCGGCAACGGGAGCGGAGAAAGGAAAGCUGAGAGCCCGAAGGCAGCAGCCCCCACCACCGCCGGCCCAGGUUACCAUCUAGCACCGGGAAAACAUACUAGAGAGCCACCGCCGGCAUAAGUCUUUACCAACCAGAAACCACCAUGAGCAGCGAGGCCGAAACACAACAGCCGCCGCAGCCUGCCGCCGAAGCGGAGAGCCCAUCCAGCCCGGCAGCCGCAGCUACCGCGGGGGAUAAGAAGGUCAUCGCAACAAAGGUCCUGGGGACAGUGAAGUGGUUCAACGUACGGAAUGGCUAUGGUUUCAUCAACAGGAAUGAUACAAAAGAAGAUGUCUUUGUACACCAGACUGCCAUAAAGAAGAACAACCCAAGGAAAUACCUUCGCAGCGUAGGGGACGGAGAAACUGUAGAGUUUGAUGUGGUUGAAGGGGAAAAGGGGGCAGAGGCAGCCAAUGUCACUGGCCCAGGUGGUGUCCCUGUCCAGGGCAGCAAAUACGCCGCUGACAGGAACCGCUACAGGCGGUACCCACGCCGGAGGGGCCCACCGCGCGACUACCAGGAGAACUACCAGAGUGAGGGGGAGGCAGAGGGCCGUGAAAAGAGGGAGGGAGCAGAGAGCGCGCCUGAGGGAGAGAUGCAGCCCCAGCAGCGAAGACAAUCCUUCCCUGGCCGACGGCGCUACCCACCCUACUUUGUGCGUAGGCGCUACGGCCGCCGACCCCCCUACACCAAUGCUCCACCCCGGGGAGAAAUGACAGAGGGUGGAGAGGGUGAUGAAAACCAGGCUGGACAAGACCAGGGCAACAAACCAGUGAGACAGAACUACUACAGAGGCUUCCGUCCACGCUUCAGACCAAGAGGCCCGCCCCGUCCCAGGCCAGCCAGAGAGGGCGAGGAAGACAAGGAGAACCAGGGCGAAGGCGGCCAGAACCAGGAGCCCCGCCCACGCCGCUACCGCCGCAACUUCAACUACCGCCGCAGACGCCCCCAGACUACCAAGCCUCAGGACGGCAAAGACAGCAGCAAGGCGUCAGCUGACGCGUCCGCCGACAAAUCAGCCGCUCCCGAAGCCGAGCAAGGCGGGGCCGAGUGAUGCCCACCGGCUUUGACCAUCCUUACCAUCCGCCGGUUUUGUCAACAAGAAGAAACAUCAGAGCAAUAAGAACCAGAUUUGACCUGACGAUCGUCUAAGCUUGCGACAUGCAUUUGACCAGAUUACCACCGAUUGCCUGCAGAAUCUAUGCAGACUCAUUCUUUCUCCAUUCUUUUUAUGUGACAGCUUAAUGUUUUGGGGAAACAGCAGAUGUUUUUCUAAAAUUGGUCUUAAGUUUUUACACCAAAUGGUUUUUAAAAAGUAAUUUGAUAUCUGGUCAGUUUGACAUUUUUAAAUAACUUUUUAUGUAUACAAACAUGGAUUUUAACAAAAAGGCAAGCUCAAUAAAUCUCAAACGUCUAAA